AUGUAUCUAGUGACGGGGCAAGUGAACAAUCCAGGUUUCUUGCUGAGGAACGUAUUUCGUCCUAACCCUUCUUUGCCACAAGAACUAAACCAAUGGUUAACCGAAGUCCAAGAGCAUAAAAGUGACUUUAGACUAAUAAGAGAUUCAGCUGGGGAAGAACCAAAGAGCUUAUUCCACUUUGAUGAAGAUUACGAUGACGCAGAUUCCAAAAAUGACGAGGACUACGACAAUGUUUCUUUAAAACGCAGCCAUAAAAAUGAAAAGAGCGAAAGCUUGGGCGAGAGACCAAAAAACGAUAUAUAUCCAUAUAUGUUUCAAAAUCUCAACGAUAACGAUUUAAGUACUUUCGAUAAAACUUCAGUCAAAAAGGAAAGAUUAGCCUCCAGAAACUUAAAAAGUCCAAUUCGACUGCGAAGAUCGUCCAACAACGUACGAUUUUUUGAACCAAAAGAUACUAUUAGCGUAGAACCGGCAGGAAAAACUGGUGAACUAAAAAGAUCGGACGAUAAAUAUCCCGACAGCCACAACAGGAACGAAGAAGAUAAUAUUACCGACGCAAACAAUAUUACACAAGAAACAACAGCUUCAAAAUUCAACGACCUGAAAAAACGAGAGAUACAAAUAGACAUAAAAAACGAUGGCAAAUUAGUGAAACAGAUACAUGAAGAUUCGAAGAAUUCUAAAUCAAUAGUUCUCAACAUACAACCCCCCACGAAUGAUCCGUUAAUAAAUCCCAAAAAUCUUGUACCAAAUUUAAAUUACGCGAAGGGGUUUCAACAAAACUCUCAAGACCUAUCCAAUAAAUUACGAAACGCACUAGAUAUGAACAUGCGGUCAGAUUACACCCAGCUAAGAAAUAAGGAAUUUGUAAACAACUACAACAAUCUCUUCACCGCUAACGAACACCUGAACACUGAUAAUAGCUUAGCACGCGAAAGCUCAACCUUUAGUCAUUUGAACCAACACAUGGCUGCACCAGAUGGGAAAUCGGUGCGUGAUUAUAAUUAUCCUUACGUCCCUCAAUACCACAACUACGAACCCAUUACAACAGUAAACACAAAUAGUAUCAACGAUAAACAGUCCUUCCCUCAAAAUAAUUUCAACAGUAACAACAUGAAAGACAUGAGCAGUUUUUGGACAGCUUUCGAAAAGAAUCAAAUGCAGAAGGGAUUAGACAGAGCAAGAAUUAACAAGAAUUACCUAGCACAAAACGUUAAAUCUCCCUUAAAGGACGACGCAGGAAAGAAAGCUAAGGAAAGUGCUAGUGGAUUCGAACCAGCGCAAAGAAUCGAAUUGGAUGACGAUGCUGACGAGAAUAGUGGCAUAAGAGGUGUAAGUAACAUAGACGACAAGCAUCAGAUGAGUUAUUUGAAAACAUUGUGUGACACGAGUUGUAACAAUAACAACGGCAUAAAUAACCCAAAUUGCGCUGCUUGCUUGAAUAGGAUAAAUUCUGUAAAUAACUUAAAAGAUAUGAAUGUGAAUAGUAUAAAUACUAUGAAUAACCCCAAUGACGCAAAAUUGGCGAAUGGAUUGCACAGUUCGAAUAUUGUGGCAGGUACGAAUAGUUUGACUAAUAUCAGUGGCUUAAAUGGUUUCAAUUAUGACCUAGGACUAAGCCACCAAGAAAGCAAUAAAUUGACAGGUUACAGCAAAUUCAGCAACAUCCAAGGUGCUUCAAAAAUGGAUAACAAGAGACAACUUGUAACACCAGAAAGAAAUGUACAGCUGAUCAACGACAAUAAUCUGGAAAAAGUUGUUAAUUUUGCAAAUUUAACCGGUGGUAAAGAUUUAGAUUUACUCGACAAUGAAUUUAUACCUCAGAUGAAAAGAGAUGACGAAUCACCACAAAAGAAUGUCUUUGAAAAAGUUGCUCCUCUUGAAAAAGAUAAUUGUACAGUUGGUUUAAACGAGAACUUUCCUACCAACCCAGUGGAAGGAAAUAUUGAACCUGUCAAUUUAGACGAAUUGCCAAAGAAAACGGACAUCGAACCACCAUUAAAUGACACGGGAGGAACUAACAAUCUAAGCUAUGACAAUAUAUUAAAUGAGAAAGUGGUUCAUGUAGAAGAUGAGGUACAUGUCGUACAAGAUAAAACCGAUAACAACGAAAAUUCUUCUAUAGAGAACAUCGGACCAGUUGGAGCUAUUGAAAACGAAAUACCAAGCGAUCCUAUUGAUGAAGUCCCUGAGGCAUAUGAAGAGAAUCUUUUACCAAAAGAGAACAUUAUUCUGCCAGGGCAUCAUCAUCACCAUCAUGAUAAGCACAUCAAAACUUUAAUCCGUAAACUAAAUAAAGACGUUAAGAAUGAUAACAGUGUAACAGAAGUAGAAACUAUUACAGAAAUCGAUUAUCCUAGUGUAGAGGAAGACGAGAAGGGAGGGGAGAAUAUAAAAGAAACAGAAAAUGAAACUAAAAAAGAUAAUAAUUUUGAGACUGAACAUUGUUUGCACGUCCUUCCUAACACUGAUUUAAAAGAGGCUCUUCACGAAAAAGAACCUUUAAUGGAUAAGAAAGAAGACUAUGAUGAAAAAGGGUACAUGAAUUCAGAACAAAGGGAAACUUUAGAAGAUUCAUGCCUUGAGCCCCAAGAAAAUCAAGAAGAACAACAGCAUAACGAAGAAGAUAUGAAUAUACAUUCCUGUGAUGAGUCUCAGGGGAAUUUAAAGGAAGAACAUCUCCAUCACGAAAAGCAAGAUAACCCUGACAAUGAAAUUAUAACAGAUAUUAACCAUAACAAUCAUCAACAUAACAACGGAGAAAUGUACCUUCUUCUUGAAAAAAGUCAUAAUCAUGUGCCACAUGAGAAUCGUCUUAAGAAUGAAGUAAACGUGUCUCACAAAAAAAGUAAUUUUCAAAAUAGGAGAAAGAUGUAUCAACGUAUUCCUCAAGAAACUGGUUUAAAUCAAAGAUCUUACGGUUUUAAAAAACGAAAAUAUAUUGAUAACAGAGAAAAUAGAUUUUCCCAUAACUCUUAUAAUGAUUUCAAGGAGUCACCCCCACCAGCACAGCUAAUGAUCAAAAAAAGAGACAACAGCGAUACCAAUCACCCAAGAAAGAGAUAUAGAAAGAGGCACCACAGGGAUAGAACAUUUUUUGACGACUUCAACUCACAAGAGUACGAGAAUAUUUUAAGCGAAGAAAGGGACGUGGAUACAUCUAGCAGUUCAAAUGAUUUAAUUCCAGCUUACGUUGGGAGACAACUUAAAGAGGUUGACUACGUCUACGAUCCUAAUUUGCACGGACCUGGAGUAAAUUUCGACGACGAACUAUCAACAUUAUUGGAAGAAACUGUGUCGGAAAUGAAUCAUCAACACAUACCCACUACGCGUAAAAAUAAUCCGACAAAGAAAGGCCACCAUACAGGACUUAUACACAAAAAUUCAGUUGAAGGUGAUUAUAAUGAAGAAGAAGAUUCUGUCACAGAAACUCGAAAGAAAAAUAAGAACGUUAUAAUUAAGAAAACUAAAAAUGAAUUUGCAAAUCCCGUAACAACUACGGAAAUUCAGGAUUAUGAGGACUACGACAACUAUGACUCAGAAGAUUCCAUAAGGAAAGAAAAACUUAAACCAAAGCAUAAGUCACGAAAGCAUAAAAAGGGUAAACAAAAGGGUGCUUCUAGAAAAACUCGAAAACUUCCAACACAAUUAAAGGAACAUGAUGUAAAAGGUUUUGCUCACCAUCGUCAAAAGUAUAAACCUAAAAUAAAAAAGAAACAUCCACGUUCUGCAAUCCCAAACAAAUCUAACUUUCCACUGUAUCAGUCCAACGCAAAUAAAUUAUCUAAUCAGAAAUUCCUCGACGCCAAAUCUGAUUUUCAGCAUUGGCCAAGCUUUGUUAUAGACGACCAAGAUAAUGAAGAAAAGUUAAAAAAAAGAUCUCCCGUAAUAAAAAAGAAAUAUCCCAGAGCAUUCAGUUUCCCGUUAUCAUCGAAAGAUUUUUUCGUAAAAUCGCAGAAAAAGCCUGGAUCCUCAGAAGUUAAGAGGGAAAAACCGAACACCUUACUGAGUGAAGAAAAUCUUGGAAGCGAAAGUUCAUUACCUCAGGUCGAUAUUGUCGAUAAAGUUGUACCAAAGAACGAAGUAAGUUCUGUGGGGACGACAACAACUGCGGAAGAAGUCACCGAGAUCUGUAGUACUCAGCAGAGUUCUAUAACUAAUGUUUGUGAAGAUAAAGAAAAUUUUAACAAGACUUCUGUGCAAUUAACGACCAUCCUUUCUAUAAUUUCGGAAUCUUCAUCGGAAGUUCAGGAUGCGUGUAACGACGAUGCCGCCGACUUUGAAGCAAGUAGCAUAUCAACACAAGAACGAUUAGACGACAUACUUAAUGGAAAACUGCCUUUUCAACUGAUGUACAUGAUAAGGGAAAAGCUGUCACAAAAUACGAAAUUAAAGAACCGAUUUCACAAAGGUCUAAAACACUCAGGUCUAGACAACAACUUUCUCAAAGGUCUUAAUGAGACAAACAUGGAAACGCAGAAGCUGGUACAGUCCAUGACGAAUAUAAUGAAUAAACUUCAGUACAGCGCGACUUGCCAGGCUAUACCACACGGUUUGAAACGCUACCUAAAAAUUGUUACCCACGGUGGUAAAUUAGACGCCUUAGCAAAGACUAAGGAAAUGGAAGAAGUGGAAUUUGACGAGAACCAAGGCCAGGACAAUUUCAUUUUCCAGUCUUCAUCUCACGGUGACAAUUUCGAGGGAAAAGUCAAAAUAUUACAAGACCUGUUAGCCAGGUUCAAUAAAUUGCCAGAGAAAUGCAAAAUCAGAGCUAUGCCUGUUAAGGAAUACAUAGAAAACCAUCUCGGAAUGCUCAAUAAUAUGUUGAAUACCAUGAGCAACGAGCCGCGAAAGAAUUUCAAACCUAAGAAGUCUGUCCAGAACACUUCGAACGAAUCCAUUAAAACCGAAGACGAGCUAAUCGAAGAACAACUCGAGAGCUUGGGUCUGGGCAAGCAGCACAAGUUCAAGCCGAAAUUCAACUUGGACGAGAUGGUAGAAAGCAACAAAGUGCGAAAAGCUUCGAACAGUCAAAUUAAAGUCACUGAACGGUCACAUGGCGUAAACGUAAAUAAAAGGGACUUAAACACUGUUUCUAGAUCUAAACAAUAUGACAAACUUGUAGAUGCUGUGAGAAGGUUGAGGCUGAGGAGGGAGGGUAAGAAACGUUUAGCAGAGAUGUAUGGGAAGUCAAGCAGCGAUAACAACGAUUAUGACCAGGUCCACUAUAAUUCGAAGUAUGAAGGAGAUGAAGACAUGUCUAAAGCUAAUUUCGAGCCUCCUUUAGUAUUUAGUUUGUAA